UUGGAAGUUAGUUACUGUAGGUGGAGCUAGUUGAGUUGGUGAAAGUAAUUGGGAAGUAUGAAAAGAGAAUGAAAAUGGCAUAUUGAAAGAAAUGGUUUGGUGGUGAGUUACGUUGGAUAAUCACGUUUACGAGUCAAUUUGUCCUUUUCAUCAAAUCACAAUGGAUAAUUCCGUUUCAACUUCCACCAUUCGCUCCAAUUCAAAGCAAACCAAACCCAAUUUUCUUCUAUUUAUUCUUUUAUCAUAUAAAUUCCAAUACUUCACUUGUAAUUACAUUGCAGUCCCCACGGUCAUGACGUGAGUGGGCAAGUUCAGGGAGCGUGCCAGAGUGGCAUUUAUGUAAAUAGACUGUUCUGUCUUGCUAUGCUUUGCUUUAGCUUUUGUAUCCGUUGAUCAAAGUUGAAACUUCACACUUUUCCCAAUAUUCUCGCUUCUUUUCUUUUUCUUCUUUUCUUCUUUCCUUCAUAUCAUUUUUUUCAAUUCUCAAGCAACCAUUUCACUGUAUCACAGUUUCCACAGCAGCAACAACCAAACGCUGUCAACACUACAUUCUCGCUCUAAAUAAAUAUCAGCAAUGGCGGCAUCCGCCACCGUCUCCGGCGGUGCGUUGACGGAUCUAACUCACCGAACGCCCUUUCUCGGUCUCAAACUCUACGCCCUGAUCCUCAGGUAGCAGUGCUCCUGAUCCUCCUAUGCUUCCGCCGGAGCUCGAAGAAGCGGAAAAUGCGGGUGAAGCACAGCUCCGGCGCGAUCCCGCUGGUAUCGAAGGAGAUCCUGGAGGUGAAUACUCUGGAGCUGAAAAUCGAAGAGGUGGAUGAGGAGGAUCCGAAGAAGGAGGAGAUGAAGCUUGAAGAUAGUCCGUCGGUGGAGUCACCGAACAUAGGGUGGGGACGCUGGUAUAGCCUCAGAGAGCUUGAGGCUGCGACGCAAGGGUUCGCCGAAGGGAAUGUGAUCGGAGAAGGAGGGUAUGGGAUUGUGUAUAGAGGAAAUUUGCUCGACGGUUCUGUCGUCGCGGUCAAAAAUCUUCUCAACAACAAGGGGCAGGCAGAGAAAGAGUUUAAGGUGGAGGUUGAAGCCAUUGGAAAAGUGAGGCACAAGAAUUUGGUGGGGUUAGUUGGAUAUUGUGCAGAAGGUGCUCAAAGGAUGCUUGUUUAUGAAUAUGUUGACAAUGGAACAUUGGAACAGUGGCUGCAUGGUGACGUAGGACCUGUUAGCCCCUUGACAUGGGAUAUAAGAAUGAAGAUUGCUGUUGGGACUGCGAAAGGGCUAGCCUACUUGCACGAAGGAUUAGAACCCAAAGUUGUCCAUCGAGAUGUAAAAUCCAGUAACAUUCUUUUGGACAAAAAGUGGAAUGCUAAAGUAUCAGACUUUGGACUGGCCAAGCUCUUAGGGCCUGAGAAAAGCUAUGUGACAACGCGUGUAAUGGGGACAUUUGGAUAUGUGUCACCUGAGUAUGCAAGCACGGGUAUGCUUAAUGAAGGUAGCGAUGUGUAUAGUUUUGGGAUUCUACUUAUGGAGCUAAUUACAGGGAGGAGUCCGAUCGAUUAUUCUAGACCACCUGGAGAGAUGAACUUGGUUGAUUGGUUUAAAGGAAUGGUUGCAAAUCGUCUUGGUGAUGAACUAGUUGAUCCUUUAAUAGAUAUUCAACCCUCUCAAAGAUCUUUGAAACGAGCUUUACUUGUUUGUCUGCGCUGUAUAGAUUUGGAUGUCAGUAAGCGACCAAAGAUGGGCCAAAUUGUUCACAUGCUUGAGGCUGACGAUUUUCCCUUUCGUUCUGAACAUCGAACAAAUAGAGAGAAAGAUCCUGUUUAUUCUACAGCAGCUGGUUCCAGCAAGAUUCCAUAUCCAACAAGGCAUGUAGAGCCAGUAGAUAAAUCAAGCUGGAGAUGAUAUGACAAACCAUGAGAUAAAACUAUUUUUUCCAACUAUUUUCAAUUUGUUGUGAAAAAGUCAGAAGCCAUUGUGCAUAUCUUAUAGUAGUGUAGUUUCAUCUCUGUAGGAGAGGUCUUAGCAUAUUCUGCUGUAUGGCAUUAUCUUGUGAAGAAAACGAGCCUUGUAAAUAUUAAUUUCCCACAACAUAUAAAUUUUAUCCGUCUGCAUAAUAUUUCGGCAAUAAUAUUGCUGAUAUUUAUUCGUA